CAUAAUGGGGACUAGAAUUUUUUUUUGCUGUGCUUACAGAAAUCUCUUUGUCACAAGCCUAGUCCUGCGUGCAAAUUUAAAUGGUAGUAGGUAAAGAUUUUUAAGUGAAGCAACAUGGAGGAGGACUCAGAGUCACUUUUAGCAGGAGAGUACAACACAGACCAAACUGGCUCCCUGGACCCUAGGCUAAGAAGGCCUUUCUAUGUGGAACCCAGGAACAUAGUUGAGGAUUCUGUGCAGGACCGGGUGUCUGCUGAGGCCUCUGUGCUCAACAGCAGAGUGCACUACUACAGCCGUCUGACUGGCUCUUCCGACAGACUACUGGCUCCACCAGAUCAUGUGAUCCCUCCACCCGAGGAGAUCUACAUUUACAGCCCUCUGGGUACUGCGUUUAAAGUUGACGGAGGAGAGGCCACUACCAAAAAUCCCAGCGUUGUCACAAUAUUUGCCAUCUGGAAUACAAUGAUGGGGACGUCUAUACUGAGCAUCCCAUGGGGAAUAAAGCAGGCUGGUUUUACUUUGGGGAUCAUAUCUGUCAUCUUAAUGGCUUUACUGACUCUCUACUGCUGCUACAGAAUACUCAAGUCCACUAAGUCAAUACCUUAUGUAGAUACAUCAGACUGGGAAUUUCCGGAUGUGUGUAAACAUUACUUUGGGGAAUUUGGGAAGUGGUUAAGUCUGCUCUUCUCAAUGGUAUCGCUGAUGGGGGCAAUGGUGGUCUACUGGGUGCUCAUGUCCAACUUCCUUUUCAACACGGGCAAAUUCAUCUACAACUAUGUUCACAACAUCAACAUAUCCGAUACAGAAUUUGGAACAAAUGGAACGGACAAAGUGGUGUGUCCAUAUCCAGACCUGGAUCCGCACAGCAACAGCAGUGCUGGCCUGAGUUACCAUAGUGACAACAGCACAGCUCUGUUCAACCACUGGUGGAGUAAGACCAACUCCAUCCCCUUUUACCUCAUCGUGCUGUUGCUGCCGCUGCUGAACUUCCGAUCGGCUUCCUUCUUUGCCCGCUUCACCUUCCUGGGCACUGUUUCAGUGGCCUACCUUAUCUUUUUGGUCACCCUCAAAGCCUUUAGACUAGGAUUCCACCUGGAGUUCCACUGGUUUGAUUCCACUGAAAUGUUUGUCCCAGAGUUCAGACUGCUGUUCCCUCAGCUGACUGGUGUUCUCACACUGGCUUUCUUCAUCCACAACUGCAUCAUCACCCUCAUGAAGAACAACAGAAACCAAGAGAACAAUGUCCGGGAUUUGUCCUUGGCCUACCUGCUAGUGGGACUGACGUACCUGUAUGUGGGGGUGAUGAUUUUUGCUGCCUUCCCUUCUCCUCCACUGUCAAAAGAGUGCAUAGAACCAAACUUUCUGGAUAACUUCCCUAGCAGUGAUGUGAUGGUCUUUGUGGCUCGGGCCUUCCUGCUGUUCCAGAUGAUGUCUGUGUACCCACUGCUGGGUUAUCUGGUCCGAGUCCAGCUGAUGGGCCAGCUCUUUGGGGACCACUACCCAAGUUUUGCCUAUGUCUUCAUACUCAACGUGCUCAUCGUGGGUGCUGGGGUACUUAUGGCCAAGUUUUACCCCAACAUUGGUUCCAUUAUCAGGUACUCGGGGGCUAUGUGUGGUCUAGCUCUAGUGUUUGUCUUCCCCUCCCUCAUCCACAUGAGGGCGCUGAGGCGUCGUGGAGAAUUGCGCUGGCCCUCUGCUUUCUUCCACAGUUUCCUCAUCAUGCUGGGUGCGGCCAACCUUCUGGGUCAGUUUUUCAUGUAGCCUCCUCUUUGUACUCCCUGUUCUCUCACAGACUUUGCCUCACUCACACACACACUCAUUCACUUACUGGUUCAGCAAAGGAAACUCUCAGUUUGGUGUUAUACAGUAGUAGUUCUGGUGUUUAAUUGUAGGUGGCAGUGCUGGUAUGCUGCCACAUUGCAACUUCAGCUUUGUGCCGUAGGCGGCACUUCCAGUAUUACACUGUUAGGUGGGUUUUACCUGGAAGAAUUUUGAAGCAAUAAACUCGUGACACUUGGAUGAUCUCAGUGAGCGAGUAUGUCUGUCUUUUAGUAAAAAGUUAUUACUUUUCAUUGAAUUGAACACAGUCUAAUAUAAUGUCCCAGAAUGAGUGUUACUGAAUGAAAACUAAAUUUUUUCCACUAUGGGGACUGCCCACUUUAAUUCUUAUUUCACAUUUAAUUGGCUCAUAAUAAGCUACUGAUGCGUAUAAAAGCCGAGUACUGUUCAACAGCAAAAUUGAUGCAUUUUAAGACUGUUCUUAACAGUUUUAUGGUGAAUGGCCCAAAGGUGUGAGCAACAUGUAAUUUUAUCACAUUUAAUUUGUCUAUGCAAUUUGAUUUGGUAGAUAACUAUACAUUUCAGGGUUGUCGGGAUAGUUGUGUGGAACUACACUUUUUGACUGUGCCGUAUCAAAAACUUCUUUAAUGUUGUGAUGGUGCUUUCUGACUUUAACAGUUUGAUAAUAAUGUUGAUGCUGACAGUUUUGACAGUCCAGGCCCUGUCAAGGGUUUCUUUCUCAGACUGAAAUUUGUUUUAGACUUGCUCACUCUGACAGUCAAUUACUUUGUUAAACAUACACAAUAUUAUCUUGUGUAGAUUACAUUUUAUAACCCUGUUAAUCUAAAGUCCUCUAAGCUCUGCUCUUUGAGUUAUAGAUGGAAUUGUAAACAAAGGUUUAUAUUAAAGGUCGAGCUUAUUGUAUUAAGAUAAACAAAGGGAUAUUGUCAUGUCUCUGGAAAUGGGUACAGACAGGCCGUAAGAACUGUGAUUGGUACUAACAAAUAUAUAAUGAUCUAGACCUGUCAAUACAAGAUCAAUAUAUACAGUUAGUACUGUGCGUACUGAAUAUAAAAUUCUUAUUUUCGUCUUAUGGCUGUUGGUUGUACAUAAUUACUCAUUGUUGUAUUGGUUGUAAACAUUUGUCAACUGUUGGAUAUUAAAGUGACUGCCAAUUGCAGUGCUUACAUUUGCACACCAUGUGAACCCCCACACGGAGGUUCCAAAGCUUGAAUUGCAUAUUUGUAUAGAUUUCUUCUUUGCUUGGCAACAAUAUAAUCUUGUGUGUUGCUAAAUUAUUUUAAUAAAUGUUAAAUAAUA